AUGUCACGACCAAACGUACCUGCUUCUCGACCCGGAGCAGCGAAACCCUCAGUGAACCAAGGUGCUACACCUGCUGGAUCAAGUCCUGCGAAUAUACCAAGGCGUAAUCCCGGUACAUUGCCUGGUUUGGCUAGAACCGCAUCUUCUUUAAGACAAGGUACACCUUUAGCCCCCUCAUCAUCAACAUCAAGUUUAGCAUCAUUACCUGCUCAUUUGAGGAAUCUAUCCGCACCUAAGAUACCUUCUCCGUUAGGACGUGGAACCCCUGCUAGAGGAGUCAGACAAUCAUUUUCAUCAAGAACAUCGAAAACAACCGAAAGACAUGUAUUAUUACCUGAAGAUCCACAAUUAGCACCUUUACCAAAAUCACCAAUGGGAAGUCAGGUAAACCUAUUGGCACCUCCACCAAAAGCAUUACCUAAUUCUGGUACCACAACUUCUGGAUCAGGUACAUCGAGAGAUAGUAUAGGUGGUACGGCAAGUAGACAUCAAAAUUCACAAUCUAUUGGAACAAGUUAUGAUGAAAGAAGUGAUGCUGAAAAAAUGACAAAAAGGGAAAGAGAAGAAAAUCACUUACCUAGAUUGACAGCUUAUGCAACGGCCGAAGGAUAUAGAUUGAAAUUGUUACAGGCUUUUUUGAAAAGAGAACAUGGUGUCGGUGUGGUAAGAGUAUUUGAUGACUGUGUCUAUGCCGUAUACAACUUACCUCUUCUGCCGGGUUAUGGAGCGUCAACGAAAGUUCGAUCUUCACCCGCUGUCAAAUCACCUGGUGGUGUAUCGCUAUUAGAAAGAAUGACAAUGGCAGAAGAUUUAGGUUACAAUGAUUCUUACUUUCCAAGGGAGGAUCCAAACGAAGCUACACCUGCUGAAUAUAUAUUAUCUGCUACACCACCCAGUCCAGGUCCGAUCUCACAUAAUGACUUGAUGAGUUUAGAGGUUGAUGGUGAUCAAGUUCGGGAAGAAGUGCGAGAACAUCUCGAAAGAGCGAGUGAAGGAGAAAGAGAUGAUGCUUUGGGAUCGGGAUUAAGGAAGGAAGAAGAAGAAGUCGCUCAAGAUCACUUAGAAGGUGAAUUAAGAUUGGAGGGUCUAGAUGUUUCACAAGAAGAAGAGUUCUUGGUCAAUUCACCUCCUCGAGAUGAUUCAAAUUUAGGUACUCAUUUGGACAAAUCACAUCCAGGUCAUUUAGAGCAUAUACCUGCAACAGCUUUAUCACCUUCAGAUUUAGCUUCCCCUUCGACGGAACACCCCUCGCAUUCAUCAAUAUCAUCUCCAACGUCCGAGUCGUCUACAAGAGUAUCUCCCCCCAGAGACAUACGUCAAGUCAGCUCACCCGAAUCUGAGAUAAGUCAACAUCGAUAUUCAUCUAAUCAACCACCGAAACCAAAAAGAAGAAAGUCUCACUCGACACAGAACGUAGCUGAAGCGGUAUUUUUCUCGUAUGGAGUGUCAGUCUUCUUCGGCUUCGGCGAAGGUGAAGAAAGGGAAAUCAUGGAAGAUUGUGAGACUGCCGGUACUUGGAUGAGGGGGUUACAAGAGGAUGAUUGGGAGGUUGAGGAGUUCCACUAUGUUUACGAUCCAGAUGCUGAACAGCCUAGGAUAUACAAUGACAUGUUCACGUUCAAAUCUCGUUCGCAUCUAUUCAAACUUUCCUUGGCUCACGCAAUUGCACAAUCAAAUAAGAUAUCUAUUUACGAAUCUGUAAUGCAAGAAACACUUUCUUUAACAGCUUCUUUCCCUAAAGAAUUAUCAACAACGGGACAUCUACAACUAACAAGAAGGGAAGCGCUGAAAAUGACUGGAAGGUUGUUCAAAUUGAGGAUGGAUAUUAAUCUCAUUGGCGGUAUCUUGGAUACUCCCGAGUUGUUCUGGUCGGAAGCCUCACUUUUCCCAUUAUAUGAAGCGAUUCAUGAGUAUCUGGAAAUCGGUCCGAGGAUCCAAGUUCUAAAUGAUAGGUUAGCAGUUGCUGGCGAUCUUCUGGAAAUCAUACAUGAAUAUAUUGAAGAAAGAGCUACUCAUCGAAUGACUUGGGUAGUUAUCUGGUUGAUUGUCGUAGCUUGUUUCGUAGAAGCUGGAGAAGUAAUCGCAAGAUUAGUAUUCCACGCUAUACCUAGAGAAGCAGGUGAAUUCUUAUUAGUCAAAGCGCCUAAAUUGCUUUUGACUGCUGGCGAUCAAAUGUCUAUCUAA